CCGCGGGUUGCUCUACUUACUGCCCCCUAGAAAGCCCCCCCACUGGUCCGCUAGGGCUUUGCCACUUACUGACCUGGAAAGCAUGGCAUCUUUCGAACUUCGAGACCUCUUUACAGUUGCCCAGUUCAUCAAGGCCAGGUGCCAACACGGCCUCAAGGCUGAGACCGCAAAAGCGGAUAAAAAUUAUAUUUUCUAUGAGGUGGAGAUUCGGGAUGCCAGGACGAAGGGAAAGCUGUGUUUCCUGGAUAAGGUGGAGCCUUCUGCCACUGUUGCAGACAUGAAGAGCCUCAUUCACAAGAGCUAUCCCAGGUGGUACCCAUCCAGACAGGCCCUGAUGCUGCAUCCUGUUUCAGAUUUUUGUUGUCGUGUUCCAGAGGGAAAGGCCCUCCGAGACGAUGAGAUUCUGGUGGAUUUGCCGGUGGGCACCACAGCCACCAUCUUCUUCCAGGACCGAGGCCCUCAGCUGGGCUGGGCAAUGGUGUUCCUAGUGGAGUGCAUUGGGCCUCUCCUCAUCUACCUGCUCUUCUACUACCGCCUGCCGUACAUCUAUGGUUGGGAGUACAAGUUCACGCCCAGUCCUCAUAAAGUGGUCAGGCUAGCUUGUGUGUGUCAUUGCUUUCACUACACCAAGAAGCUGCUGGAGACGAUCUUUCUGCACCAUUUCUCUCAGGGGACCAUGUCCUUACAAAACAUAACAAAGAACUGUUUGUAUUACUGUGGACUGACAGCAUGGCAGGCCUACUAUAUCAACCAUCCACUCUACACGCCCCCCUCAUAUGGACUCCUCCAGGUGAUAUGUGCUUUUGCUGGGUUCCUGGUCUGUGAGAUUGGAAGCUUCUCCACUCACCUAGUGCUGAACAGGCUGAAAUGCAGCAAGUCCAGGCCAACUGAGAUUCCUUACCCGACACGAAAUCCCUUCACUUGGCUCUUCUUCUUUGUGUCCUGCCCUAACUACACAUAUGAGGUGGGAGCAUGUGUCAGUUUUGCUGUCAUGACUCAGUGUUUGCCAGCGGCGCUGGCGUCAUUCCUGGGGUUCGUGCAGAUGGUCCUCUGGGCCAGAGUGAAGCACCGAGCCUACAUCCACGAGUUCCCCAACUACCCUGAGCUGCGCACGGCCAUCAUUCCCCUCGUGCUCUAAUGGACGCUGGCUGCGCUUGAUGAUGAGGCGCCUAUGAUGGGGAUCUGCAUCCUUGGUCUGUUGCAGCAAUGGCUGACCAACGGACAAUCACUUCUUUAAAACCAACAGGAACUAAAUUCUUGAUUUGGCUCCUGCAGCAUUGACUGUUGCCACUGUUGACUGCAUAAAGCUUUACUGCUUAAGCGUGA